AUGACCUCAACAACGUAUUCUCGUGAUGAAACCAUUGCUUCUACAACAGACUUCUACAAAUUCUACAUCAGGCUGCCAUACCUAGAUCCCGAUGCCCUAGUUCUGGCGCCGAAAGAUGGAUGGCCCAAUGUCGACACGACCGAGCUGAGCAAUCGCGGCAGGAGCGACGAAGUCAUUGAGCUCCUCCGCCACUUGCCCUACAUUGGGCACCCUGACUUUCGUGGCGGCUGGACUGUCGACUUGGGAAGCGAGUGCAUUCAAUACCACAAAGGCGCCUGCUACAACGACAGCCCUGAAUUGAUCAAGGCUUUGCCUGGCCAUGUGAUUCCGAUUGCGAAUCCGACUGAUCGAAACGGGUGUUACAUGUUGCUUGAUACGCAGACGGGCAAGAUCACUAGGUACAAUAUUAUGGCCAACAAUAUUGAGGGCAACUGGGAUGAAUAUGAACGCCUUGACGAUAACGAUAAGUGGAGAGCUUUCCCUACGGCACCUGUAGGGCAAUUCUUCGAAAGGUAUCAAAAGCUGUAUGAGAAGCUCGUUUGCAUGGUCGCCCCGCCAGUUGAUUCUCACGGGGAUAGAGGAACCUAUUUCACGAGAGCUGACAAUACUGUGGAAGAGGAUGAAUUGUUAGAGGCUGAUGAUGAUGGUGAAGUCGAGAUUGAAGACGAGUUCACAAAGGAGGUAUACGAUAUCUACAAGCGAAAUGGGUGGCCAGGAAUUUCUUUCGCCAGAGAGGCUUGUAAGGAAGAACUCAAAAGGUACCUCGAAGAAGCCGACUAUUGA